UAGAUGUUAUGAUUAGCAAAGUUUCUGGUAAGGUAAUUUAGCAGAAGCAUUCAAGAUCGUAACACUACUGGACACUGACCUGUGUAAUUUAUAUAAAGUGACCUUAUACGCUACACAUGAUUUUUCUCACGGUCAUUGGCUGAUAAGAGAUUUUUCACAGUGCCCGCCCAAGACAAAAACUCUUAAGAUUGAUGAUCUACGACCAAUGGAAAUUAAUCAAAGAAGCGGGUCUGCGGGAGUUUUCACUGAAGACGCCUUGCAGUGGUGAAAGUUGGUGCUCGGGCACAAAGACAAAUCUGUCCAUCCCCAGGGGCUGAUUGGAACUUUAGGAAGAUGGUGAAACAGGACACCCCCCGCCGCACCCUAUCCAGGAGUUCCAAACGGAACUCCCAGAUCUCCAGCCUGAAGGACCUGACUCUGUUGGACAGGACCAAGUCAGAGUCCAGAGCGGGCAGUGCCUCGGGCAGCCUCCCGGUGUUUCACCCAGGCGGAGAGGUGGGCUGGAAGGGCUUUCCUGACAGGGUGUACGUCCUCGCCGCUGCCAUCUUCCAGAACACCCACGUAGUGAAGCCCGCCGCCCACCGCCUCAUCAGCUUUGGCAAGAAGACCAGCGGCUCCAUGCCCGUGGCCAAAGACGAUGUGACGCAGCGCUGUGCCUAUGAGCUCGCCUUCAACGCCCUCAAAUAUCAAGAGCUGCUGGAGGACAUCAUGAUUGACAGCUGCUUUUACCUCUCUCAGCCAAUGCCGGAUGACUUGAUGAGUCUGGUGGCUGUCAUGCUCUAUGACUUCCAAGACAGGAAGUUCCUUCCCCGCGAGCGGCCAGCCAAUCAGAGGGAAGAGCCCAAGCCGGAGGUCAGGGAGGUGGAGAAGUGCCUGCUCAAGUUUAAGACAAAGCUGGCGGCCUCGCUGGCACGCUGCAGGAUCAAACACGACCUGCUGACGAUCGACUGCAUCCUGCCCGACAGCGUCAGGAAGAGGCAGGAGAAGGCCAACAGCCAGCCCCUCUACGCCUGGGUCAACACGCUCAAGACAAGCCUGUCAAAGGUGCUGGACGUGCUGAUGAGGGAGGGCUUUGCGCAGGUGAAAUCGUCCAGGCAGCUGGACGGCCAGACCUUCUGUCAGGACCCGCACUGCCAGGACCUGCUGGCGUUCCCUCCGCAGCAGAAGGCCGAGCUGUACCGGACCAAGCUGCUCGGCCAGUACAAGCUCAUCGCACAGGACAAGUCCUGCUGUGUGGGCCCGUGGCUGGCAGGGGGCCUGUUGGUAGCGGAGGGGGACAUCCUCAUGGCCGGUGUCCCGUCCGUCCUCACGGUAGCCCACGUGGCGGCCAUCGUGGCCCUUGGCCCCCGGGGGCCUGGCCUCAGCAGCAGCAGCAGCAGCAGCAGCAGCAGCGUCAGCUCCAGUGGACCGUGCAGAGUGUACGUCUGCGGAGGAGACCUCCAGCCUGGACAAAGAGAGGAGCUGCAGGAGAGCCUCGUCAACAUGGGCUGCAAGAAUGUGAAGGUUCUCCCUGAGGCCUUCCAGGCUCUGGAUGUGAAUGACUUGCGUGUGCAGAGGACCCAGCUCAUCCUGCUGACGCCCCAGUGCUCCGUCUCUGCCGUGUGCAACCCUGUGGGCUAUCUGCUGCAGGAGAAUGGAGACACAGAGCUCCUCCAAGACCUAUCCCAAGGUUCCAUAGCCCAAGCGAAGAUCGAUGCCCUGGUGGCCCAGCAGAGUAAGGACCUGAAGCAUGCCCUCAAUUUCCCCAGAGUCCAGUCGGUAGUUUACUGCACCUGUUCGGUGUACCCAGAGGAGAACGAGGAGCUGGUGAGCCGAGUGCUGGCAGCAGGACAAGAGGAUCAGGACAGACCGCCCUUCAGGCCAAACACGGCAGCGCUACCCCAGCAGAUGUGCAUGGGUGAAGUGGAGGAGGGGCAGGAGAGGGGAAGCAGGUUCUUUAAACUGGAACCCUCAGAGGACAGCAACGGCUGCUUCAUCGCUGUGCUGACCAGAGAGGUGGAGCCGGAGGCGACGGAGACGGCCCAGGAGGUGCUGGCACGCGCCGCCGCCAAGGGCCUGCUGGACGGCAUCCAGACCGACCCGCCGCCCAAGAAGGAAAGGCGUGCCCGGCAGCACCACCCCCACCACCGGCCCGGCGGCCCAGCCAACCAGGGCCGCUCCUCCCACCCCCACCCCCACCCGCGGCCUCACGGCUCCGUGAGCAGCCAGUCGGCCGCGAUCUCCCGACUUCCUCCGGUGGGGAAUUACGGCAGCAAGAGCGCACUGGCCUCCGGAGGUAAAAUCAAACUCCCGUCCCAGCAGCGGCAGCCUAAAAGUGUCCAACCCAACAGAGGCUCGUCUGGGCCCAUGGUGUCCAGCUCCUCACGCAAGCCCAUGGGCCGCACCACCAGCACCACAGCCUACUCCAACACCUCCUCAAAGAUCUCCUCAAACAUCUCCUCCAACACCUCCUCAAACAUCUCCUCAAAGAUCUCCUCCAACACCUCCUCAAACAUCUCCUCCAUCACCUCCUCCAACACCUCCUCCAUCACCUCCUCCAACACCUCCUCCAAGAUCUCCUUCAAUACCUCCUCCACCACAAACACCUCCACCUUCACCAUCCACCCCAACCGCCUCCUUGCUCUUCCCUCUCCCCCUGCUCCCCCCAUGGCCACUGUCCCGCCCAAAGGUCGUCAGGAGGUGCUGCGGCCCAUGGCGCUGUUGCUGCCCCCGGCCAUCUUCCCCGGCUGCCCUUCCCCCCCUGCCCCCGUGCCCUCCACCAGCUCCCCGUCAUGCAGAGCCCGCCGGGUGCGCUCCAACCCGGCGCUGUCCCUCCUGCAGUGGAAGAGCAGCCACCCGUCCAUCCCCGCCUCACGCUCCAGUGGCUCCAUCCAGGGCAUGUACAUCCACCCACGCCCCUGGCUCUGA